AUGACAUUGCCCGGAGAUGCUGCUCUGGUCAAACCUCCGCCGUCCUUCUCCCCCGGCGUUGCGCGAGUCGCAUCAACAUCACCAUCACGAUACCCCGGGGAGCAUGAUACCACUCAAACUUUAGAUGCUGAACUGGCAGAAUCCCAAUCAGUCUCAUUUCCGACCCCUCUUUCAGGCACGAUCGCCGACUUACCAAGACGACCUGACUCAUCGCACUCGCGCUAUGGGAGAUCUUCCACUCCACAGUUAGCGAGGUCGUCAAUCGGUUCUCGAUUUGAUGGAAGGUCUGAUGGCUCGGAAGAAAUAAGAUCUUCAAUUGUCCGGUCCUUCUCACCCGUGAUUGCAGUCUAUGCCUCCGAGGACACUGAUGAUUUGGUGAGGAGCAAGGGGUUCAAGGGGGGGUUUUGGGAGUUGAUUCGGCCCUUUGGAGAAACAGUUACCGGGAAGGUGGUAAUCCGGGACAGUAUAGGCUCAAGUCGUGCCUGGGAGGACUACGGAGUGCGCUUUGCCGAAUUCAAAGGGAUCGGCAGGGCUCCGGCUAGUCGAGACUCUGGGCCUCUGGUGCAGAUGGAAGAAGUGUUGACCAAGCAUUUAAACUCUUCAGAUGGCAUGCUUGGUGCAUCGGUACGGACAAAGGAUUCUUUGAGAUUCCCUGCUACGACCCCAUUAGGCAAGUCGUUUUUGCAGCAACUGCUAUGUUCGGCACCUACAGCCCCCCACGAGACAUUUGGCCACCCAGUAGCCAAUGUUAUAGCCAUCAGUUCGCGCAACGCAGCUCCCUUGGAGACACUCAGGCAGCUCUAUGCCGAUGGUAUCACUGGGGACAAACAGCUACCCGACUGGAUCAACCAGGAGUAUCUUCGGUAUUACGUUUUAGUUCAUGACGAAGAACGAGACGAUAUCGCUGAAUCUAUCAGGCUUUACGAUCAGAUGAAGCGGCAUUUUGGGCUACACUGUCAUCUUUUAAGACUUCGGAGCAGCCAGUGUGUGGUGACAGAUGAUGAUAAAGCUUUGGUUGACCUCGGCACUGAUGGCACACCAUAUCUCUUCGACUCCGAUGCUACUGCGAUUGGGGCAUUUAUCCGAGAACUCGUGGUUCAGUCGGUCAUUCCAUUUAUGGAAAAUAAAGUAGCUGUGUGGAACGACCAAGUUGCAUCUCGGAGGCGUGGUAUUAGUGGCAGAUUUAUGUCGAUGUCUCGGCGAUGGGCUGGCUUUGGUUCAAGCUCGCGUUCAAGCAUUGGAGGCUCAUCGGGUGGUAACAGCGGGAACUACGAUUACAUAAAACAUUCUUACAGUCCAGACACUCCGGAGGCUAUCUUGCGGAAGAUGGCGGACUAUGCGUUCAUGCUCCGCGACUGGAAGCUAGCCGCAUCCACAUAUGACAUGAUUCGAUCGGAUUACGGUAACGACAAGGCCUGGAAGUAUCAUGCUGGUGCCCACGAAAUGUGCGCUGUUAGCAUGCUUCUAAAUCCAAUGGCCACAUCAACCAAAAUCAAGCUUGAGAGCGUCGACCAAAUGUUCGAGACUGCUUGCUACUCCUAUCUCACACGUUGUUCAGAUGCGCCGCACGCACUUCGCUGUUUAUCUCUAGCGGUUGAACUUCUCAAAUGUCGUGGCGGGUCAGCCACAGAGAGCGCAGCCAAAUGGGCCAUGCGGGUCAUGGACUUUGGUCUUGUGGGCUCAGUGGGUCACAUAUUAUACACUGAAAGGGUAGCAGCUUGCUAUGCCUCAAAGACACCAGUCGGAGCAGUAAAUUGGGGCGGACGCCGCCGAAAAGCUGGCAUGUGGAGCAUCCUUGCUGCCGACCAAUGGCUCAAAGCUGGCCAACCAACCCUAGCUUCAUCCUGUCUGGAGGAAGCCGAGCGUCUGUAUGCUGACGUGCUGCAGGCUGAUGGGGUAUUCCCAAUGCCUGAGAUGCAGAGCUUCAUUGAUAAUCUGCGCCAUGCUGUCAGGGUCGAAUAUCUUGAAGCGAGGGGAUUCGAUGCCGGAGACGAACCGGCUACUGAUGACCCCCUGGGCACUGAAGAGACUAGCGAGAAGCUUGACAUGCGCCACCAUCGCCGGUCUUUGAUUGGGCCUCCUGUGCAGCUGGAUGCCGGAGCCUUCAACAUGACGCAGGGGCCUCUGGACCCUAAGAGCCCGCACAGUGAUGACUUUGAACGAGCUUAG